ACAGGAUGGUUGUUCGGCUGUUGAUUUUGUGCUUUUUCUUCUUUUUCCUUUUGAUCCCUGCCUACGUUGACAACGAAUCCCAUAUCAAAAAAAAAAAAAAAAAAAAUUAAAUUUAACGACCCGUUCCCAUCCACCUACAAUAAACUUGCAGGCGCAGCGGCUCGUCCAGGUCAGCACCGCAUCCGACCGAGUGUAUAUAAGUCGCCCAGCCCGCCCGAAAUGGCCGUGCAGGCCCCCGUUGAGCCCUUGAUAUCUGUCAUCGCGGCUCCGGAGCAUGGGCCCGAUGUGUUUACGAACGAGAACAUCCCCUGGACCCCCGGCCAGGGCUUCCGCGGCAUCUUCGGCGGCUUCCUGCUGGGCCACGCGGUGCGGGCGGCGCAGCUGAGCGCCGACGCGUCGCAGGCGGUGCACUCGCUGCAGGCCACGUUCGUGCGGCCGGGGCAGGCCUCGCCGCGGUUCCUGUACCGCGUCGAGCGCGCGGGCGACGGCCGCACCUUUUGCACGCGCGUCGUGCGCGCCGAGCAGGGCGGCCGGUGCGUCCUCGUCGCCACCAUCGGCCUGCACAGGCCGCCGGAUCCGUCGUCCCUGCCUAGUGGUGGUGGUGGUGGUGGCGGCGGUGGUGCUGCUGCUGCUGCCCCUCCUCCCACGUCGCCGGAUAGCAGCAGCAGCAGCAGCAGCGGAGUAAAAGACCUCGAGGACACCAUCGCCCCGCCGCCGAUGGACGGGCUCGCGCCGCUCGACAUACCGUCGACGUCAAGCAGCGCGCUGCUGGCCCUGGUCGGCCUGCAGAACCCGGCCGUGGACUCGGCGCUGCACCCCUUUGAGUGGCGCCACAUCCUGCCGCCGCCGGCAGCACAACGCCAAACCAAGCGCGGAAAGCCGUCCGACUUCCGGCUGCGCAGCUACGUGCGGUCCGCCGCCCCGCUCUCGGCCGACGCCGCCACCCCGGCGCACCACCUGGCGGCUCUCGCGUUCCUGACGGACGAGCUGCUGAUCACGACGGUCAACCUGGCGCACCCGGAGGAGGAGGAGCAGCCGCGGCAGGUGGAGGAGGGCCAGAAAAAGAGGAGGAGGAGGAGGUCGCGGUUCUCGGUGCAGACGAGCCUGAAUCACUCGGUCCUGUUCCACGACCCGGCGGCGCGGGCCGACGAGUGGAUGGUGUCAGAGCGCAGCACCAGCUGGGCCGCCGACGGGCGCGUGCUGGUGGAGCAGCGGUUCUGGGGGAAGGACUCGGGCCGCCUGGUGCUGUCGUGCUGGCAGGAGGGGUUGGUGCGGGUAAACAGGUCGAAUCUGUAAGGAGGUUUGGGGUUGAUAUAGAUGGCUCGCAGUCACGAGUCUCGACGGCGAGCAAGGAUUACUUAUACAAAAAUUAAAGUUUAAAGCGGGAGAGCCCGAAAUCUAAUAUACAUCGGAUGAGCUCUUACUUACUUACCAAGUAACGACGAAUUAAACAAUUCCC